AUGUCUCAUACCCAACCAUCUCCCGCCGAGGGCGUGGCUCCGCAUCUUGCUGCGCUGCAGCUUGCAGCACAUGCGUACGCUAAUGAUCAUGUGGCUGCAAUUCUGGUGCAAGGUCAAAAGAGAGCCCCUUCUUUCGCCAUCGCCCAGGAGAUCGCCGCGCUUAAUGGGCAGGUCUGGCUUCAAAUAGGAAGCUUGACCGAAUCGAUGGGCGAUUUAGAUGGUGCAAUAAAUCAUUAUGAGCAGGCUUUGCGUCACAACCAGUGGUCUAUCCCAGCCAUGAACGCUAUCUCAUGCAUCCUCCGGACAAAAGAGCAGUUGCCCAGAGCUAUUGAGUACUUGCAAAAUAUUUUGAAGUUGGACCCGAGCAGUGGAGAGACUUGGGGUAGCUUGGGUCACUGCCAUCUCAUGAUGGACAAUUUGCAAGAUGCAUACACCUCUUACCAGCAAGCUCUCUACUACUUGCACAAUCCCAAGGAACCCAAGCUGUGGUAUGGAAUUGGUAUCUUGUAUGAUCGCUAUGACUCUCUGGAUCAUGCCGAAGAGGCUUUCUCGCGAGUCAUAAGCAUGGCUCCCGACUUUGAGAAGGCCAACGAAAUUUAUUUUCGCCUGGGAAUCAUCUACAAGCAACAGCAAAAGUUUAACCAGAGUUUGGAGUGUUUCAACUACAUUUUUAGCGAUCCACCACGCCCUCUGACCGAAGAGGACAUCUGGUUCCAGAUUGGUCAUGUUCACGAGCAACAAAAAGAUUUUGGGUCUGCUCAAUCAGCUUACCAACGCGUGCUCGAGCGGAAUCCGAGUCACGCCAAGGUUCUCCAGCAGCUUGGCUGGCUCUAUCUCCAGUCGAGCAACGCCUUCCAGAGCCAGGAGAAGGCCAUCCAGUUCCUGGAACAGUCUGUCAAUUCCGAUAACAAUGAUGCUCAAAGCUGGUACCUCCUCGGCCGUUGCUACAUGUUAACGGUGAAUUACCUCAAGGCCUAUGAAGCCUACCAGCAAGCGGUCUACCGCGACGGUCGCAACCCUACCUUCUGGUGUUCGAUUGGUGUUCUCUUCUACCAAAUCAAUCAGUAUCGCGAUGCUCUUGAUGCCUACUCUCGUGCGAUUCGUCUGAACCCUUACAUUUCGGAAGUUUGGUACGACCUGGGUGCUCUGUACGAGUCCUGCAACCAUCAAUUUGCCGAUGCCCUGGAUGCAUACACACGCGCCGCAAACCUUGAUCCGGGCAGCGUUGUAAUCAAAGCUCGCUUGCAGCAUCUUCAAAGACGAUUGUCUACCGAUACUGAUGGGCAGCAGCCGCCCAGUAACCCCGCUCCCCAGCCACAUGAUGUUCAUCACCAGGCUCAUCAGGCAACUGGUUUUGGUGCGCCUCCAGCUCCCGGGAGGAUUGCUCCAGCCCCUAUCGACCCUCCAACCCAAGUCCCUGCUCCCUUGAGGUCGAUUCCCAAUUGGAACCGUGGUAUAAAUGAGCUUCAAUCUCAGGGCCAAGGUCCUUCAUCAAACAUUUCUGACCAGCGGGAUGCUCGGGCCCCCGGUGCUUCCGUGCAAAGCAGUCAACAGGAGCCUGGCCAGGCAUUCCCGGAUCCCCGUGGUGCGCCUUGCCUCCCAAAGAUGGGUCAUCCCAACCCCUACCCGGCGUUUCACACCUUGCCUCAGAUCGCAAACGCACCCUCUUUGGGCCAUGAACGCGCCCUUAGCGGUGACAUUGCAUUUGGUGCCGCCCGCAGCAGUCUGCCCUCCGAGUUCCUUGGAACACCUGGGCCUGAUGGCGAUGCUCCUCCCCCUCCGGCCGAGAGUCGUCCCAUUUGCGAUGAGCGUCCCUCUUCUCCUGGAUCAAGUUGGCCCCACCAGCCGUUUCAUGAAGGUUCUACACUCCUCCCACAAGUGACGGGUGGUAGCUCGAUCGCUUCUGCCUCGGGUCCUGCCUCUGCCGCUAACACUGCUGAGGCCGCCGCCCGCGACCGCGAAGGGCGUUCCACCUCUGCGAUGAAGCGUGGCCGUGAAUGGGAGGCUGAUGCCGGUCCGACCAAGAAGCUCGCAAAUGACGAGAUCCGUGCCCGUCUUGAUGACCAGACCGUUUGUCGCCUGAGCCCUCCCGUUCGUAUGCCUUCUAGUAACAUGCAACGACGAAACUUCUCAGAGGUACACCACGAGGAUGCCCGUCGUGCUAACGAGAAUUACCACUCGGAAGGUGGUGGACACCCUCCUUCGAUUCAAAACGUGCAACCCCACGCCUCAAGUAAUCCCAGUUCUCCCUCGAUCACCGAAGACUCUGCUCCCGCAUUGAAAGUCCCUCCGUCUGGGCCUCCUUUGGCCAAUACCCCGGUCGAGGAGGAGGCUCCUCGCUCUGAGGCACCUCCCGCGCACGAAACCCCCUUGCAGAGAAUCGAUGUGGAUGAAGGCUAUAUUGACGAAGCUACUGCUGCUUCCAAGGGCCGCCUUAAUGGCAGCGCAGCUAGCAUCACCGCCAACGGUACCGGUGAUGCUCGCUCCGGCAUGUCUUGGAAUGUCGAGUCUUCAGCUUAA